AUGGACAUAGUAAAAUGGGUUCACGUGGUGUUCUUAUUUACAUUAAAUUUGGGACUGAGUUCUGGUCACAGAAUCCUAUCUGAGAAGGAUCAAGGAGUUUAUGAACCUGAUAAUUUUGGCUUCCAACUUGGAGGAACAUGGUCAGUUCCCUUUCUAGGCAAUAUAGGUGGUUCCCUUGGUUUUGGUUCUGAUAGUAGCGGCAAUUUUGUUCCACAAUUUGGAUUCAGUGGAGGUGGUAGCACUGGAGGCUCUGAUGGUCAGCCUGGAUUCAGUUUAGGUGGAAGUGGUUCUUUUGGAGAAGGUGUUGAUGGUCAGCCUGGAUUCAGUUUAGGUGGAAGUGGUAGUUUUGGAGGAGGUAAUGAUGGCCAUUCGGGGUUUAAUUUGGGUGGAAGUGGUAGUUUUGCAGGAGGUAAUGAUGGCCGUUCGGGAUUUAGUUUGGGUGGUAGUGGUAGUUUUGCAGGAGGUAAUGAUGGUCGUUCUGGAUUUAAUUUGGGUGGUAGUGGUAGUUUUGGAGGAGGUAAUGAUGGCCGUUCUGGAUUUAAUUGGGGUGGAAGUGGUAGUUUUGGAAAUGGACAUCCUGGAUUUAAUUUGGGUGGUGGUGGUUUUGGAGGAGGUGCUAAUGGCAAUCCAGGUUUUGGUGGUGGUGGUGGUGGUUUUAGUCUUGGUACAGGAGGAGGAAGCAGUGGUGGGUUUGAAAGUGCUAAUAUUGGAUCUAGUGGCUGCAAUUGUGAAUCCCGCAGGAGUGAUGGAAUGUUUAUCCCUGCUGAUGAUGGAAGUGAUUCUGGUGGAGGUACCAGUACCAAUACUUGGUUGGGCAAAGGGCCUAAUUUAGGAAAUGAUGGUAGAGAUGGUGACAAUAAUGACCAGAAAAAUAUUAAAAUAGUCGAGUCGCUUACUUGCAGACCGAUAAAUUGUCCAGAACAUGGUGAUUGUGGAGGAUCUGGUGGCCUUCAAUACUGGUGCGACGUGCCAGGAUUUGGUGUUUACCCCUUCGCUUGUCCUGGUGGUCUAGACAAGCUUGGUAGGAGCUCACAAUGUAUACCACUGGCGUGCCCACCUAGCGCCGCUUGUCAAUAUGGAUAUCUCGGCCCUCAUAGUCUCUUUUGGAUAAAUGAUCACAGCAGCCUAGAGAAUGGAGCUGGAAAAUCCCAAAAAGAAAACAAAAAUCAUGAUGCAGGCCACAACUAA